AUGCCAAAAUACGCCGUCCUAGGCUCAACCGGCAACUGCGGCACCGCGCUCCUCAAGAUUCUCAUGAAACGACCGGACGCACACAUCAACGCAUACUGCCGCGACAAAGCGAAGCUUUUAUGUCUCAUGCCCGAGUCCAUUGAUAAGAAAGACAAGAUAACCAUCUUUGAGGGUAGCAUCCACGACGAGAAACUUCUGGGUACUUGUAUGUACGACUGCCACGCCGUCUUUCUUGUCGUCUCCACAAACGACAAUAUCCCAGGCUGUCGACUGGGACAGGAUACAGCCACGACAGUCAUUAGCGCCCUGCAAGCCCUGAAUCAAGCACCAAAAAUCGUGUUACUCUCGUCUGCUUCAUUGGAUGAGCAUUUAUCGCGCCAUGUCCCGGUCCUACUUAAGAAAGUUCUACUUCGCUCCGCCUCGUUCGUGUAUGAAGACCUGGUUCAAACGGAACGUAUCCUGCGCAAGGAAGCGGCGUGGCUGACUACUAUCUUCGUCAAGCCCGGCGCACUGUCGGUGGAUAUACAGCGCGGCCAUGCGCUGAGUUUCACUGAGGAGAAUGGUCCGCUGUCAUAUCUGGAUCUGGCGGCUGGGAUGGUUGAGGCGGUGGAUGAUCCGGACGGGCGCUAUGAUAUGCGCAAUGUUUGUGUUGUGAACACGAAUGGGAGGGCGAAGUUUCCGUGGGGUACACCUAUGUGUAUUCUUAUGGGACUGCUGAGGCAUUACUUUCCGUUUUUGCAUCCGUUUUUGCCGUCUACGGGGCCUGCUUAG